AUGUCCGGCACAUGGCAGCAACAAACGCCUUGUGGCGUAAUUACCGCCAUUUGGAGCACCAUCAGCGCUAACCCAUCGGGCGAAAUGGAACACACGCGCUUAGUUAAACUGCUUAGCAAAUCGUUACAUCCAGACUAUCAGGAACUAGCUGAACAACACAUAAAAACAGCGUUGGAAGAAGGGCUCAUAGUGAGCGCUCGUGCAAAACAGCGCGGCAAGCAAAAGUCCAGCACUAAUUACACAUUUCCAAAAUGGCAAACCAUAUCCGUCCUACAGCCGGACAAAUGUUGCUACGAAUGUCACGACACUGGAAAUGUGGUAAAGUGCGAAGGUUGCAUGAGAAGUUUUCACGAGGGGUGCGUAAAAUCUCUGGACGAAAAGCAGGACGAGCUGAGCCAAUUUGUGUCCAAGGAAAAACGGAUCAUUAUAUCAGCGUCCGAGCAGCGACCAACAACUCCACGAGCACAGAGACGCAACUCCACCGUAUCGGUUGGCACCAUGGCAGAAAGUAUUGUUUGGCCAGUAGAUUUGGAACAGGAGGACGACGAGUCGAUUGAAAUUAUGGACGAAGAAAUACCGGGAACCGUGAUAAAGCAUGAGACAAUGAGUCUGGAUUCUUCCUACCAGAGUGUGAAGCUGGAGAACGAUGUAAAGGAAGGGCUGCUGGUGGAUGAUCCCACGUUUGUAGGGAUUAUCCGACCGCCGAAUCGACGUCUCGAAAAAAUGCUUAACUCAUCAACAAUUAAACCGGAAGAGCCUGAGUCGGACAGUGACGACCAGGCGGCACAGGCGGAAGAAAAUGAAUUGCUGAUGAGACGAUACUGCUAUGCCUGCCAAGUGCUUAAGAACAGUCCCAACAACGUCCCUCCGAAUGUUGAAAAGCGGGAAUUAAAUUACCUUUUAGGCUUCGUUGUUGAACAAUACAAAUCUUGGCUACCGAAGAAUACUUUUGCUCCCACCAAACUGUUCAGAAAUAAGUCGAGAAAACCGGUGCUCACGAUCAAAGCAAUAGACAUCUGCAAAAAGAUGUUGCUGCACACCCCAACAUCGCUAGCAGAUGUUCAAGAAAAACUCGCAAAUAAUGAGUAUAGUUCCCUAGAAGAGUUUCAUGUUGAUAUGUUGGACAUUGCACACAACAUAGGCAUCAUCCAUGGAGUGAACUCACUAGACUACAGUGCGGCAAUGUAUUUGCUUGCCGAUUGUGUUUACGAACUGCGGGAAAUACGCCAGUGUCCCGACUGUUACCGUCACUCGGCGGAAAAAGCGGAACCGGAAUGGUUUACGCGGCCAUGCCGUACCCGGCAUGAGGUGGUGUUUGCCAAGCUGAAAAGCUUCCAAUAUUGGCCAGCGAAAGUGGUCCGAGUGGCGAACGAUCGGUACGAUGUGCGUUUCUUUGGCGAUAAGCAUAUGCGAGCAUUGGUAAAUGCAAACUGCGUUCGUCCAAUUGAUACCGACUUACGCACCCUCCGGGUGAACGCUAAGCAACGUGGCUUUCAGCAAGCCAUGGCCGAAAUGCUUCAGUAUCAAUCACUAUCCGAAGGCGUAAGAGAAUACUUUUCCUUUCCAUCCGCAAUGGAGCAAAUGGAACGGGCUCGGACUGCACGUGAGACUGUGGUGGAAAGUUCAGUUCUACCGGUACCGUGUGGCGAACCAGUCGUUAACGGAAGCAUCAUAUCGAGACCCGUGACAAGAAAACGCAACAUUCAAAAUCCGCAACCCAGCGGGGUGAAUCUACAGAAGCAGAGGAAACUUUUAGACCGCCUUAUAAAUCCGGUGGAAUUGAGAGCGAAAGCUUUACAACUACUGCAGGAAGCGGAGGAAAAAUGGUCUCGUACUCUCGAGGAGCUUAAGGAAAAGCACCGUGCUGAAAUUGGUAGCCUUAAAAAGAAGCAAUGGUGUGCCAUGUGUGAAAAAGAGGCCAGAAUUCAAUGCUGUUGGAACACGUCCUACUGUACGACAGCUUGCCAGAAAAGUCACUCGGUACAGCAUCAAAAACGGCACCAGGCCGGAAGCCGGUAUCAUCGUCUGCGUUCCGUUUCCCCAGCAAAGCAGGGUAGCUAAUGUUGCGAGUUCCAAUCCCCGAUGUACAGUUUGAAUCCAUUUUCUUUAUACUGUUACCAUUCACACGAUUCAUUUUCUCUGUACAUAUUUUAAUUAUUUUUAAAACUAGCUAAACUACAUUCGCUUUUCCAUGGACCUAUGAACAUAUAGCAUCCGCUAUAUUGAAAUUAGAUUUACUUUUACGGUUUUACGAGUCUGUACCGUAGACAUUAGUUUUGUUGAUUUUACACCAAUUUUCGUUGGUAAUGAAAACGUGUUAUAAAGCGCGUUGAAAU